AUGAACAUGUCGAUCAAUGGUUUUCAAUUCGAUCGGAAUGAUAGCAUAUCCGAUGAUCUCUACACAACACCAAUUAGUCCAUUAUCACCCUUAGAAAAAUCUCCGCCGCCUCCGUUGCCAGCACUAGUGAUGCCAUUGUUGCCAUCGGUCGUUAUAUCAUUUCCAAUGAAUGUUAAUGGAGAGAGAGAAGAUGUGAAUAAUGUGAAUGAAAGUGAAAUGCCGAGUAAUAUCACAUAUCCAUUGCAAGAUUCGUGGACGUUUUGGUUCUUUAAAAAUGAUCGCAGUUCGGAUUGGAAAGAUAAUUUAAUUGAACUAGCGACGAUUUCAACUGUGGAAAGUUUUUGGUCAGUCUUUGAUCGACUAAAACCAGCAAGUGGACUUAAUCAAGGAUGUGAUUAUCUCCUAUUCAAGAAGAAUAUUCAACCAAUGUGGGAAGAUCAACACAAUCGUUCUGGCGGUCGAUGGUGUUUGAACACGCAUCGUAAUCAACGCUUAUCCGAUCUUGAUAACUAUUGGUUAAAUACCUUAUUGUCACUGAUUGGCGAUCAAUAUGGCGAUGAUGCUUAUAGUGUCAAUGGUUGUGUUGUAUCCGUUCGAAAUAAAGGUGAUCGGAUAUGUUUAUGGACGCGCGAUUGGAGAAAUACCGAAGUUACUCGAUGGAUUGGAAAUCGUUUUCGUGAAGUUGCUGACAUUCCUCGAUCGUUACAGCUCACAUUCGAAAGCCAUGAUGAUCAAGAAUCGAAACGUGGCGCAGCUGCAAAAGUUCUUUUUCGUGCAUAG